AAGAUGUUUGCAGCUUUGAAGUAUCACUCAACAGACUAUUUAUAUGAGAGCAUGGCAAGGCAGAAGUUUUCCAUCUGGAAAUUAUCACUUUGCUUUCCUCCCUGUUUGCAUCAAGAUGAAAAGUAUCAUCUCAAUGGACUCUUUGCUGAUGAUAAGUAUAGGAAGCCAUGGACUAGAAUUGGUUCAACACAGAACAUGGUGGCUAUUUCAGUAUUGGAUCAAUGGAAGAGAAGUUUACCUGUGGAGGAUUUCCUGGAAAAGAAACCUAUCUCCUCUGUAGAGUUUCAGACUAGUAAUGAUUUAAUAGAAGUUAUUCCAAGUUCAAAUCCUUGCUCUCAGACUGACACAGAAGAAUCUUUUUUACUUAUGAAGAAUGGUUUUAAGGAAGACUCUACCCAAGACAAAUAUUUGAAGAUUUUUUAUGCCUCUGAAUUUAAAGAACCACAACAAGAUUUAUGUUUGGAAGAGGAGUUUGUUUUUAUUGACAAUCUUGAAAGUUUUCGUAAAAAAUUGCCAAAUUUAUCUAUACUUCUGAGCAGACUACAGUUUUUUUUAGUGAAAGAUCCCCUUUUGGAUUCUGAAGGACAGUUUUUAACAGCAGAGAAUAUUUUCAGAGAAUGUUUGACUUUCCAAAAUGGAAUGAAGAUGGAAGAGAAUCAUAAUGAUUUGCAGGGGAUUAAAGAGAGUUUCUGUACUGUAUCUAUAAAAGAUGAAGAGUAUUUCCUGUUGCCUGUUGAUUUAGAAUUGAGCAAACCUAAGAGUGGCAGAUCUGUGGCAGUUCCAUCAUACUUGGAACUAAAGGAGGUGUUAAAUUUAGCUCCAGUCACUGUAGAUGAUGAAGACCUUUGCAAACAAGUGAUCAGAGAAGAUCUCAAAGCAGAAAUUACAUGCAAAAUAGAAAUUUCCAAGUACUGUUCCAUUCCACAAGAGGUUUGCUCCAGUAUUAGCACAAGUAUGUUGGAAUUCUGUGAGUCAGCUGAAUAUAUUCCAUAUUUGAAAGAUGAAAUGGAAGUGCCUUUAACUCCUCCAUGCAGACAACAAAGAUCAUGGGUUAAUUUUCUGUGCAGAGGACUUCAAGAAGAACCUAUUUCUCUCUCUGGUAACAGUAUUUUGAUUGCAGAGCCCUCUAGGGAAUUCUUAGAAUCUUUGGUAUGGCAAUCAGAGAAGUAUCGGGAUAAUAUGAGCUCUCUUUUGCUUGUCGAGCAUCCAGCUGUUAACCUUGCACAUCAGCAUCAUUCACUGAGAGAGCUGCAGAAAAAGCUGCUACUUGAGGUUGAAGCACCAAUGCUUGGCUCACUAGAGGAGGGCUGGUGGCUUCAUAGAAUUUUAAAUGCAGCAGCUGUAGAAAUUUUGGAACAAUUCAAUAUGGAUGGAAGUAAUGCAAACAGUCUACUUCCAACAGAAGUAGAAACAUUCACACAAUUUACAACAUAUCAAUUAGAAAGAUGGCUUGAGGAGAAGAAUUGUGUGACAAACCAAGAGCUGCUUUCUGCUGAAAGACAUUCAUCAGAGAAAGUAGUUAAUCCUGACUUGUCACUGCAGAUUCAAAGGCAGAACUUUGCUGUGAGUGUUCCGUCACCUGCCAAAAUUCACAGUACAAAUACAUCUGUGGCAGAGCUUACUGGAGGAAGCAUAAGCAAGAUUAAGACAGAAGAGGCAAUUUGCUUCUUAAACCAAGAAAAGAAAACCCCCAAACCAUCUGAAUCAGACAGCUGUAAAGAUGUGUCUUCUAAACUAGACAAAUCAUCCUGUAGUGGAAAGCCUGCAUCUCUUGCACUUGCUUCUAAAUGGGCCAACGAUGAUUCUGAUCUGAAUAACUUCAUUAUGAUGAGAUCUAAAUAUACAGUCACCCAAAGAGAGGACAAAUAUUAUGUAGAUAGGCCUGAAAAAGUGGUACAGCCUGAAGAUCAGCAUAUCAAUAUUCUCAAAGAGGACAAUUCUUUUUGUGAGACUGUAAAAACAGAGGAAAAAACCCAAGAGAAUAAAGACAGUAUCACUAUCAAUAUUCAGCCAUCAGAAAGCCAAUGCCAGGCAUACUGCCUCUUGGAAGAAGCAGCUAUUCCUGUACUAAAAGAUUUGACACACCUGGGUGUACUUGCUUCUGUUACUUGGAGCUUUGACAGUGUUAAAUUUGAUCAUACAAGGUUUUUCUUGAAACAACAAGAGAAAGUGAUAAGUGAUAAUUUUAAACAAGGUAAAAUAGAUGAGAAGGAGAUCCUGCUGUUCAGACAUGCUGCUCUGGUACACCUGCUGGUGACAGUUCGAGAUCUGCUACUGACAUGUGGCUUGGAUACAGCUCUAGGUUAUUUGUCCAAGGCAAAGGAUAUCUACAAAAACAUUUUAGAAUCCUGUUUGAAUAAUAUCUGGAGGCAGCUGAAGAUUGUACAGUACAGCAGCCAGAAAAAGCAUGAAACUCAUCCCAAAAUAACAGCACUUCAGUGUGAAAUGUUAAAUUGGAUGAAAAGUUGUGGAGAGAAACACAGUGUUAAGAUACUAAUCAUUACAAGGAUGGACUCUGAAAGAGAAAAAGAUGCUUUCAUUCGCCCAUUAUCUAGGAUAGAAGGUUUGAAAGCUGUGGAUUUGAAUUCUGAGAAAAAAGGAAGCCCUUUAAGUUGCAAAGAGAUCAUAAGCAAUCUUAGUAGAUAUUCCUGCAUUAUUGUACAUAAUCAGCAAAUUGGAGCUGACUUCCCUUGGACACACUUCUCACUAGUAAUGGAGUAUGAUUAUUCUGAAAAUUCUGGCUGGAAAAAUCUGUGCAAAAAUCUGAAUGUUACUUACAUGACUUUUAAAACCAUCUUCCCUGAAACAAGACAAAUGGGGAAUCAUGGUGGUUCCUUUCUUCUGGAAGUACAGAUUCCAUAUGUAUUUCUGACAACCGAAGGUCUUCUCAAUAUGCCAGAUAUUCUUCAGCUUUUUGAAUCCAAGUACAGCAUUACCUUUGUUGAAAGAAGCAGCAGUUACUCCUUAAGGCUCUUUGGAAGUGCAGAUCGAUAUGUUGUGCUGACAGUAGAUGAAUGCACUGCUAUCUUUCUGCAGAGUGUCGAAGAACUAAAUUAUGAGGACUCCUGUGACACUGUAAUAUCAAGGCUGAUGGCAUUAUCACUCCAAUAUAUGUGCUGUUGGAUUAUUUUCUAUUCCAAAGAAAGACUGAGUUUAGAGUACAGUCUCAAGGGAAAUACUCUGCUUAACCUUGUCUUAAUUUAUGCCACUCUAAUUGAACUUACACAGAAGUCAGAAGACUUUGAAGUGAAGGUAGUUCUUACGCCAGGGAUUGAAGAGACAGCACUGGUAAUUCGUCAGAUUGCUGACAACAUUUUGAUAGCAUCUAAUAUCAGCCCUCAUGAGUGGCUGGACAAAUCCUGGCUUUCUGUCUUACCAUCUGAGCCAGAGAAAUGCCUGCUUACUUUUCCAUGUAUCAAUCCUUUGGUUGCCCAGUUUAUGUUAAAGAAAGGAUCAUCACUGAACAGAUUAUUUCUUGCAAGCUUUGAUCAACUCCAGGAACUACUGCCACAGGCUCCAAAAAAAGUUUUAAAGCAUUUCAGUGACAUGACAUCUUCAUACAGCCUAAAUGCUGCUGCUCUAGAAAAAACAGUGAAAGGUGCAUCACACCCAGGAAACCAGAAUAAAGUCAACACAUUGUAUCUUGAUAAUAAACAAAAUUGUCAGAUUUUAGAGCUGCUUGAUAAGGCACAAAACAGCCCAGGACCAUCUCAUAUGAAUGCUGAAGCCCUAAAUCCUCCACUGAAUCAUCAUAAGGGUUUUUUAAAGUCUGAUCUUCCAAGUUGUAUGCAAAAGAAAGCAUGCUCGUCAGAUGUAAUUACAAGGAGAAAGCUGGAUUUCUUUGCUGUAUCAAAGGACAAUAAAGAUUUUGCUCAUCCAGAAGUUAAAAAUUCUCUCCAUGUUCAAAGACAGCCUUUCAGAAUGCAUAAUAGCUCUGAUCAUUCUUCCAAAGACUCUGAAAAGCAGGAUUUCUUUGCAGCUUUCAGUGACUGUGCACCUCAGGAGAGCUCUAAGAGUUUUCUAGAUGAAUUUAGAAACUCAACAUUUAAAAGCCCAGAAAUUCAGAUCGACCAGUCCCUGUGGAAUGAUUCUUCAUCCACAGGCCCACAUAAUUCAUUUGCUGACGAUGGUUUUCUAUCUGAUUUCUUUGAUGAUACGGAUGAGCUUCAAAAUCUGAAUUUUAGCCAAAUAGGUGAAACACCUCAAGGAAAGAGGAAAAAAAGGCCUCCAUUCUUAUGGACAAAGGAAAAAGUUAAAACAGAUUCAGGAUUUCCAGAACUGCAGGAGUUCAAAAAAAGGAGAUUGACAUAUGAAAGAGUCCCUGGAAGAAGAGAUGGACAAACACGUCUUAAAUUCUUUUGAACAAAAUGAAGAUUUGCAUAUUACAUACUUCUUUC